GUGACACCGCAUCACCUGACCGCCCGCUCCGCCCCCCGCCCGGCCCCCGAGCGCGGCGGGGCGGACCGGCAGCUGCCGCGCUGCACGGCGCCGGGAGAGCUGCCGCGAGGAGCGGCCGGAGGUAUGGAGCUCUGUGCAGUGGAGCCGUGGAGCUACUAAGCAAGAAAGCAGCCGGCCCAAGGAAGAUGUGGAGGGGCCGCGGUCUGACCCACCAAGCCAGCAUGGCUUAGGGCAGUGCUGGCUGCAGUGCUGGGGAAUGGCCCGUGGGACUGCACGGUCCUGAGCAUGGUUGUGGAGAGGAUGCUCAAAAUGAGGUCUCAGGGCAUCUGCAAAUGCCCUCUUCUCCAUGUUUUACGACAGAAGAGAAAGCAAGAUGAGUGCUUGCUGUUUCUUCAAUGUGCUCCAUAAAAAACCUGCAAAGUAGGUCACUGGCAGAGGAAGAAGCAAAGCAGCAUCUCUGCAGGAGGCAGUGUUGUAGUGGUGUCCUGGAGGUUGUCCCCGCAGGUGCUGUACCAGUUGGAUGGACAGCACACAGCACUGAGCUGACCGCUGCUCCGUGGCCAUGAAGCUGAAUGAGCGCAGCGUGGCCCAUUACGCCACCUGUGACUCACCCACUGACCACGCCGGCUUCCUGCGCAAGCGUGUGGAGCGGCACCACCACCACGGCCACCACGGCACCUCCUACCAGCGCCGAUGGUUUGUCCUCAAGGGCAACCUCCUCUUCUACUUCGAGGAGCGCGACAGCCGGGAGCCCGUGGGGCUGGUGGUGCUGGAGGGCUGCACUGUGGAGCUCUGCGAGGCCGCCGAGGAGUUUGCCUUUGCCAUCCGCUUUGAUGAUGCCGGCGCCAAGGCCUACGUGCUGGUGGCCGACGGGCAGGCUGCCAUGGAGGCCUGGGUGAAGGCGCUGUCACGGGCCAGCUUUGACUACAUGCGGCUGGUGGUGCGGGAGCUGGAGAAACAGCUGGAGGAGGCCUGCAGCAGCUUGGCUGCGUGCCGCAAGUCACCGCGGAAGUCCUCUUCAGGCAGGAGGCGUCACCUCUCCAACCCUGCCCUGCCGCCUGUCCAGGAGAAACAGCACGUCCUGGAGAACGGGUACUCCACGUGGGGCAGCAGCCCUGACCGCGACGGAGGGCACGCAAAACCCCCACCCCUGCCUCCACGCCGACGCUCAGCCGUGGGGUCCUCGGUCCCUGCCUUGCAGGAGAGCCCGGUGUCUCCAGAGACAACCUGCUUUGCUAAGCUGCACCACUGGUACGGUCAGGAGAUCGCGGUGCUGAGGCAGGAGUGGCAGGAGAGGCAGAAGAGGGUACAUCCAUGAGGUGGGGACACAGAGCCGGAGCUGAGCGAGGCACGCUGCUUUCCCCUUCCCUCACCAGCUGCCUCCAUGCAGGAGGGCCUUUGUGCUCCAUAGGACUCAGUGUACCAACAGGCAUCACCCUCUUUCCGUGGGUAUGGCUGGGCAAAGUGCCCUGCUGUCCUUACGUGGUGGAUGCUCUGGGUGUUUCAUCAUUCACUUUGGUUUUGUUUCUCAGUGUGGAAGUUUGCACAGGUCAGCAUUUAUUAUUGUCUGUGACAUUGCGCUGAAGCCCUUCUGCCUUUGCUCUUUGGCUGCAGAAAAGAUUGACUCUUGUGAAAUGCCUCCAAUGGGCUGCUGGCCACAGCACUCCUACAGCCUGAUGCCUGGUUAGCUGCUCGUGAGCUUUAGGAGGACAAAGAUGCCAUGGCUUUGGCUGGCCCAGGAGCCGUGGCUCAUCAUGAUGAGUUCCCAUUUGAUCUGACUGUGCUGCCGGCACAGGCUGCUCUUCCUGGGGCUUCUGGUUGAGUGCCAGAGCUCUGCAAAGCUCCCUGAGCAGCAGGGUGGGGAACAGGGCAGUGUACAGAGCCACAGCACAGCUGUGUUUGCAAACAUCAUCUUUUUUUAACUUUCAGCUGCCCUCAUGCCUGGUCCCUGCUGUGUCCCUCGGAGUGUCUGUAAGUAAGGCUUAUGGGGAGGGCAGGAGGAAAGCUGGGCUUUGAUCUGAAUAACGGCAAGGAUCACAAGCUCCUUGAGGCAUUAGUACCUAGCUGCAGUCAAGCCUGUGCAUUCCUCUGGCUCAAGUCUUCCCUGUUAAAAGAGGAACGGUAAAGGCUGCCUGCCUUCAUAGAGUGAAUUUAUCAGCCUCUGCACAGACCACAGACAGUGCCAUAUAGGGCUCUGGCUGCUGGUCAGAUGCAGGAGAUGGAGUGCAGAGCUGUGAGGCCCUUUUUGAUGUGAUCACGAUGAUGUGUUUGAGGCACUGUGGGGGAGCUGGGUAGAGCCACGCAGUUGGAGGAGAGGAGGGACAUCAAGUAUGCUCCUGUGGAGCAGCUGGCCCUAGGAACAUCAGAGGCAAAGGAGUGAGUUACUGUGGCUUCCCAGCCCUGUGUGCCAGCAGUGUUUGUACUUGCCUUGCUCUAAAAGCCAUAUAAUCUCCUACCAAAGCCAGAUCUUGUCCUGCUGGGCUUCCCUCCAGCUCUCUGUCAGCAUCAUGGGGCUGACUGCAGGAGCACAUCCCAUAUAGUUACCUGCUAGUCAGAGCCCUUAACCAAAGGCCAAUGGUACAUUACGCAGUGCUGAGUGCAGUAGCCCGAGGACUAGAAUCCUCUCUAGUGAAUGUUUAUAAAUAUCUUUCCUCAUCUUGGCCAGGGCUGCUUUUCAAAGCAGAAAAACGCACAAAACAGCCUUGUGUUUCCUCUCUAACAGCAUUAAGCCUGUUUUUAUUGCCCUGUUCUGUUAAGGAGUGAUGCUAGGGAAGCAGCAGGCUGUGCCAUAGCAUGACAUGGGUACCCAUUUACCUUUCUGGAGCUGAAUGUACUCAGCCUUACGUUCUGCUAUAACUGCUAGAGGUUGUCAGGGGCAAAAAUCAAAUGGCUUCCAUUAUCUUCUGGUGCCUUUGAAGAUCUCUCUAGUAGUUCUAGAUGACAAUCUUCCUGCCUAGCCAUGGUGUGUUAGCAUAAAUCAGACCUCAAGUCAGGUCUGACUUUGGGCAGUAGGAAUGUAACCUCGACAAACAAGUGGUGCAAUCCAAUAAUCUCUACAUCAUGUUUGCAUUUUUCUGUAGCAGAGAACUUAAAGGUUGGGAGGGUUUUGUUGUUGUUGCCUAAGAGAAAACAGUAAUGAGAGAAUAGGAUCAGGAGGGCCAAGUGUGGGUCUGUGUCCCAUCAGGAGCUGUCAGGAUUCCCAACAGCAGCAUUAGGAAUGGUGCUACCUCCCCACUGUGGGUUCUUAGGGCUGGGUCAGAUGUGGAUUGCCUCUUUCUUCUUUUUUAAUGCAAUACAGAGAGAAUCUUCCUGAUGUUUCAGACUCGCAUAAGACAGUUUGAUGGCAAAGAUCUACCUUCCAAAAUAAAUCAAAAUGUACCGGGACUCCCUACGUGAGACUCAAGAAUCAGGAGAGACUCGAAGGAGAAAAUAGAUGAACAGAGCCAGUUCAGUCUGAACCGGACCUGAAACAGCAUUAUUCAUAUACAGGCGGUUUCACUUUUUAAAGAAGCAUAGUUGAUUUUAAUGAGCCAGGAUUGUGCCAGUAACACUCCUAAGGAGCUUAUAUUUAAUGCCCAAUCUGCCCCAUUCAAACCAGACAAUAUCCACAUCACCUGGCUUUGCUUUAGCAAAUAUUCCAGCUAAAUCCUAAAUCCUGCAAAUGAGGAGAUGGGCUCUCCUUCCUGUCUGACUGCAUUUAGAGUCAUGCUGCUUUUUAUUCUGCAGCACUGAGAGGAAAACAGCAGAAUCAUGCCAAAUAUCUGUGUGCAGCCCAGCAGGGCUCAUCCAAAAGUGCUGUGGGGCUCUGGGUGCACUUAGGGCUACCUCUCAGCCCCAUAGCAAGGCAAGGACUGCUCUUUUGGGGCUAGAAAGAGCUUCCUACCUUCUCUUAUUAUUAUUAUUUUUAAUAGAAAAUGUGUGGCCAGAAGGAUCCUUAGCAAAAGGAGACAGAGUGUUUUAAAGCUGCAAGGUUGCUCUUUUUCUAGUCCUGAAGGGAUUUUGGAGGGUUUUCUUUAAAGUGAUGGGGAAGAAAACAAAUGCUUGAAUCGGAGUGCUUUAAUUUAAAGCAAUUUAAAGACCAGAAGCAGGAGCGAGGUUGUGGUUCUGACACAGUGUGCUUUGCCAGUAAUGGGGCCCAACCUGUCAAAACAAACAGGGAUGCAAUCCUUGCAGCUUUCUGGGUUCAGGAUUUCAGCUCGGGCCCACAUCUUAUCACUGUGUGCACAUUUAUGCUUCAUACAGCAGCCACUGUGAUGCUUUCUCUUUGCUCUGAAGUCAGGCCCCAGAGGUGAGGCUGACCCACCUCCCAGGCGCUGAUUUGGGCUGGCCAACCCCCUCUUGGUACCACACUGUGUAAUAGAAGGGGCUGCCUCAGCCCAGGGAGCUGAGAGGAGCCCUGUGCUGGUGGGCGCCGGGAUUUCUGUGUAGGCCCAGCGUCACUUCACAGGCUCCAGGUAACACUACAGGCAGUUCACCUGAACGCCCCUCUCUUGAGGUGCUUCUAUUUUAACUAUAGUCCGCGUUCUUUCCAAGGGGCAGGUUUGCGCAAGCCUUAUUUUACCUGCAGAACUCGUGUGUGUUAUGAUACAUUUCAGUUACCGUUUGUAUUUUAUGCUAUCUGGCUGAAUAAACAAUUUACUAUUCGUAA